UGGUCUGGUCUUCGGAAGAGAAAGAGAAAAAGAGAGAGAGAGAAAAGCCCCAGAAGAAGGAAAAGAAGAAGAAGAAUUCCAAAGUCACUGGUGCGAAAGGAAAGGAGCAAAGAAGAGACUGUUUUUCGUCUUCUUCCUCCUCCUCUUCUUCCUCCUCCCCUCUUCCUCCUCCCUCUUUUCCCCUCCCCAGAAAAGGGAGAGGGGGAAAGAAAGGAAGGAAGGAAAAGAAAGAAAAAAAGAAAAGAGAGAGAGAGAGAGGAAAACUUAAAACUUUCAACUUGGACUCUUUUUGAAAAACAUCGCCAAACUUCCCUCCUUGUCUUUCUUUAAGGGUCAGAUUCCCCUCUUUUUCUUUUCAUCCCCCUCUCCCCCUCCUCUGUCUCUUUCCCUCCCUCCCUUUAUUUUUUUUCACUCCCUCUCUUCCUUUCCUCUCUUCCCUUCUCCCCUCCCUUCUUCUCCUUGCAAAAUUGCUGGCCGGCGGGUGAAGAAGAAGAAGAAGGAGCCGGGAGGAGGAGGAGGAGGACGCCGAGGCCGAGGAGGAGAAUGCCGCAGCUCAAUGGCGGUGGCGGGGACGACUUGGGGGCCAACGACGAGCUCAUCUCCUUCAAGGACGAGGGCGAGCAGGAGGAGAAGAUCUCCGAGAACUCCUCGGCCGAGAGGGACCUGGCCGACGUCAAGUCCUCCCUCGUCAACGAGUCCGAGACGAACCAGAACAGCUCCUCCGACUCCGAGGCGGAAAGGCGGCCUCCGCCUCGCUCCGAAAGUUUCCGAGACAAAUCCAGGGAAAGUUUAGAGGAAGCUGCGAAGAGGCAAGAUGGAGGGUUGUUCAAGGGCCCACCGUAUCCUGGCUAUCCCUUCAUCAUGAUCCCCGACCUGACCGGGCCCUACCUCCCCAACGGAUCCCUUUCGCCCACCGCCAGGACGUAUCUCCAGAUGAAAUGGCCACUGCUUGAUGUUCAGGCAGGGAGCCUACAGAGUAGGCAAGCUCUCAAGGAUGCUAGGUCUCCAUCUCCAGCACACAUUGUUUCUAACAAAGUCCCAGUUGUGCAGCACCCACACCAUGUACAUCCUCUUACGCCGCUUAUUACAUAUAGCAAUGAGCACUUCACACCAGGGAAUCCUCCUCCACACUUACCAGCUGAUGUAGAUCCAAAAACAGGAAUUCCACGGCCUCCGCACCCUCCAGAUAUAUCUCCUUAUUAUCCACUAUCACCGGGCACUGUAGGGCAAAUCCCCCAUCCGCUAGGAUGGUUAGUACCACAGCAAGGUCAACCCGUCUAUCCAAUCACAACAGGGGGAUUCCGACAUCCCUACCCAACCGCUCUGACUGUCAAUGCUUCUAUGUCAAGCUUCCUCUCCUCCAGGUUCCCUCCACACAUGGUCCCACCACAUCAUAGUUUACAUACGACUGGGAUCCCUCAUCCAGCCAUAGUCACCCCAACAGUCAAACAAGAAUCUUCCCAGAAUGAUGUUGGCUCACUCCAUAGCUCAAAACAUCAGGACUCCAAAAAAGAAGAGGAGAAAAAGAAGCCACACAUAAAGAAACCUCUUAAUGCAUUUAUGUUGUAUAUGAAGGAAAUGAGAGCAAAAGUUGUAGCAGAGUGCACAUUGAAAGAGAGUGCAGCCAUCAAUCAAAUUCUUGGUCGAAGGUGGCAUGCAUUAUCCAGAGAAGAGCAAGCUAAAUAUUAUGAACUAGCCAGAAAGGAACGACAGCUCCACAUGCAGCUUUACCCCGGCUGGUCCGCACGGGAUAACUAUGUAGGUGGCUAUGGCAAGAAGAAGAAGAGGAAAAGGGACAAGCAGCCAGGAGAGACCAAUGAACACAGCGAAUGUUUCCUAAAUCCUUGCCUUUCACUUCCUCCGAUUACAGAUGCAAAUACUCCAAAGAAGUGUCGGGCAUUGUUCGGGCUUGACCAACAGAGUUUAUGGUGCAAACCGUGCAGGAGAAAAAAAAAGUGCAUUCGCUACAUACAAGGUGAAGGCAGCUGCGUCAGCCCACCCUCUUCAGAUGGAAGCCUACUAGACUCUCCUCCGUCUUCUCCUAACAUGCUAGCCUCCCCCACAAGAGACUCAAAACCACAGACUGAACAAACCCAACCUCUCUCACUUACGUUGAAACCCGACCCACUGGCACACCUCCCAAUGAUGCCGCCCCCACCGUCCAUAGUCCUGACUGAAAGCUCCUCUAGCAAAUCAAGUGGGCUGCCUGCUAGUAAUUGUCAGAACGGGGCAUUGGACCAUCAGUCUGCCACUUUACAGCAGUCAGCACCAUCCUCCUCUUCGUUAGCACAACCAUCAACAUCCUCUUUGCAUUCCCAUAAUUCUUUGGCUGGGACACAGCCUCAGCCGCUGUCACUUGUAACCAAGUCUUUAGAAUAGCUUUAGCGUCCUGUAGACCUCCUUAUUUUUAUUUUGUGUGUAUGAGUGAAGAAUUUUUCUCCUUUUAUUUGUAUUUUUUUAAAUAAAUUUGUGCCAUAUGGCUGGCUACAUUAGUUGAUGUCUAUCGAGUUCAUUGGUCAAUAUUUGACCCAUUGUUAUUUCAUUUUUUUUCUUUUUAAAUAUGUAGAUCAAGAAAAAAGCCUCAUGAUUCUGCCAAAAUUUUUAUCAACAGCUGUUUAAAGUCUUUGUAGCGUUUAAAAUAUUAUAUAUAUAUAUAUAAAUAUAUAUAUACAUAACUGUUAUGUAGUUCCAAUAGCUUAGUUUCAAAGACUGAUUUUAAAAAUGAAAAAAGAAGCAAUUUUGAAGCAGCCCUUGCUGAAGGCGUUGGUUCUUUAUUAUUUGUAUUAAAUACGAGCUUGCGAACCAAUCAUUUUACAUCUGGUUUUUAAAACUUUUUAAGGGCACGAUGAAUGCAGUGCCGCUAAUUUUUUUCCUUUCCUUUUCUUUUUGUUUGUUUGUGUGAUAUAACUUCUUGUGAUGUUACUUGUUAUUGUUUAAAUGUACAGAAACAAAGGGUUAAAAUGUGUUAAUAUACCUUGUUCCAUGGUGUUGUUCUUUUCUGGGGGAGGGAAUGCUACUCAACAAUUAAAAAGUAUCACAACGCUAUUGGACCAGUAGUAUUUAUUGCUUUAGAGAUUGCUUGUUGUACUUGUAUGUUGUCCUCUCUUUUUUUAAAAAAAAUGUUUUCUUUUCUCCCCUUCUCCUUGAAACGUUGUGUAAAGUUUUCUCCCCCUCCUUAGUGUAAGCAUCAUAUAUAUAACAACUCAUUUGUACAAGGUUUUUAAGUUUAUAUAUAAAUGUGUAUAUAUAUAUUUUUGUUGGCUUCUUUUGUUUAAUUUCUUUAUGUUUUCCCCCAUCAUACAGUUGCCACCAAAUGGACAUUUGCAGAAGGAUCAAUAGUGUAAAAAAUGCUUUAAAAGCCAUUACAUGAAAUAAGACUUGAAAAUUUAGCAAUGGGACUUUUUAGCAAUGCUGUUGGAAAAGCAGCAGUGUCUCCAUUCAGAACUGCAGAUGAUUUCCCCUGCCACUUGUAGGCUGUGAGCAAAACUUUUUAUGUGCCAAAAUUCUCAGCGAUUUUUCUCUUUUCCCAAAAACUUUUUUACAAUUUUUUUUGUUCAUCCUGUUUUGCUGUGAUGUUACAUAGGUAGAUAUGUAUGUAGUUUUUAAUGUCACCUAUUACAGACGUGUUUGGUAGCAGAUUGUCCAGAAAGCAUAUAAAAAUGAAGAGGUAUAAACCCUAAAGGGCCAAAUUCUGUAUAUUAGAUUAUCAUAAAAUGAAAAUCAGACUGCCACUUUUAUGUACACUUACUACAUACAGGUAGGUAGCAAACUUUAAAAAAAAAACUAGGCAUGUUGAUGUUGCAAAUUUUUUUAAAAAAGAUAAAAUGCUGUAUAAAGCUGAAAAAAAUUCAUCUGUUCAUCCAGUGCCAUUGUAGUUGACAUGAAGCGAUUGUAAAACUGUCUCCAGUUUUCUUCUCUGGUUUAUUAAGAUGCUAACUAUGACAUUUUUCUUUUUGUGAAUUCUUUGAAUGUUUCCUAACAGUUGUGAUGUUACUGUUCCGUUUUAUUGCUCUUAUUCCAAUUUUUCAUUUCUAAUGGUUUGGAAGCCAUUUUUGUAAUGAAUAAAUGUCCAUGCUGUACAGUAUCUGUAGCAUGCAGUUCUGGAUUAAUAAAAGCAAUUUAGUAUGUGCAGAUGAAGACUUGCAGCUCAUUUACGUAUAGGCUUUAUUGAAUUCCCCCCAAUCCCUAGUACAGGAGGUGUUCAACAUCCCAUGUUUUACAUCUUUCUCAGUAUAAUCAUUGCUUAAAAUAAUUGCUUAUAAACUGCAAGAUAAACUGCCAAACAUAAAUCUAGCUGCUAGUCUUAACUAGGGUAAGACCCACUAUAUCAAUGGUGGAUAAAUUCUGAUUUACCAAAUUCCCAUUGAUUUAAUGGGUCUACUCUAGUUGGAACUAACAUGUGGAAUUGGGCUGCUAAAUUGGGUUAAUUGUUGAACAUUAAAUGCCUGCAUAACCCUGAAGAUAUUUGGAAAUAUUUCAAAACUGAAUGGUAUGGGACAGACCAAGGACCAACAGGAUGCUGUAUUCACUAAUUACAGAGGCAAAAUUGCACACUCUAAUCCAAAUCUCAGUUCCCCAAAUCUAAUUCUCCACUUUCAGUUACACAUAGGACAGUCUUAUUUUUAAAGGAAAGCUCUUUAAGCUAUUUGAAGAAGAUCCAAAUACCAGUUUAAAGAAGUAAAAGCAUACUUAUACAGUUCCCACAAAACUGAAACAUUUCCCAACUCUCCCCACAUGAGAGAUAGAUGGUUUUAGAUGCAAGUGAAUAUCAUGUAUCUUCCAACUUGGGUAAAUGUGAGUUUCUUUUUCUCACAUCACAAUGAGCAGCAGAAAUAAGAAAUGAGAGUUCAUAAGCUGAGUCUCUCUUUUUUUCAGCUCUUCCUGAAAAGUUCAAAUGCCUCACAACACUGAAAAAAUCUCCAAGAUCCCUGUCUGCUGGGGAAAUUAGCCCAAUUGAACAUUGUGUCCCCAGUUAAGCCUGCCAUAAAAACUCCCAUUACCAAAAACUGGAAGCAACAAUUAUGUUUUCUCUCUUAGAUCCUUAAUUUGCAGAUAAGAAUAUCUCAAGAAUUGUGUUAAUAUUGUUAAUUCUGUGAGUCCAAUCUUUGGAAACCAUACAACACUAAUCUGUUGCUGCGAAGAUACAAUGCCUCUGCAACACAUAAAAUGCUAGAAUCUGUAGUCGCCAGAAAAUUGUAGUUACUUGCUAGCUUAAAAUUCAGCUUCCUGUGCAUUUUUAUGCUCCUGGGCCUGGCACAUGACUCUCUAUGAGCUAUAUAUCUGUUCCAAGAGUUUUCCAACUUUCAGACACUGCACAAAUUCCAUGAAUGUACAGAUCAUGAAAGUGUGAUUUGGUUUUGUGUUAUUCUUUGUUAUUUGCAUUACAUUAUUUGCCCAAUAAAGAUAAUUCACUGUUCAGUA